AUGGCCUCCAAACCUGUACUCUUAUUAGUGAGCUUUGUCUUAUUCGCAAUAAUUGCGGUAACAAUGACCGACGCUAUACCAGUGAUCCCUGUGGAUAAGCCCGUUCACGGUCCAGGUUUCGGUCAUCCAGGUCUCGGUUACCCAGGUUUCGGUUAUCCAGGUUACGAUCCAG